AGGGAAAGACUGAUAUUAUGAGUAGGUGACCCCUGUGAGAAGAGGUGAAAGCAUAGGGGUUGGGGUGGGGCAAAGCCUGAUUUGGGGAGCCCAACUGGGGCCUGGAGCUAUCUCCAUCUUCAGCUCCUGACUCUGGUUUUUGUCCGAGAACAAAUGGCACAGCAUGCCUUCCACGAUCAAGAACAAAAGGCAAGAAUGAACUCUGGACCACAGAGAAGCACGUCCUUAGAAAGGACUAUGGGACCACAGGGAAGACAGGUAACGAUCACUGAAACCCUGUGGGACCAGGUGCUGACAGCUUUUAAGGAUAUACAAAAGGAGCUGCAGGAAGAUGCUCGGAUUCGAGGGAUGAGCAAUUGCUCUGCGACACCCAUGUCAUCUGCACCCAGGACAGGAAGCACCAGACCUCCAGAUUUCUACACAACCCCAAAGUUGAGAAGAUCACAGUUCGGCACUGAAGAUCAGCCAUCAGGAGCCCAUGCCCGUAAACAGAGGAUGCAGCUGUCUAGUCAAUCAGCUAGCUACCGUGGACCCUAACUCUAUAAUCAAAGAAAAAGGACUCCUCUGCCUUUCCCCAACCUCCACCCUGACCACCUGCCAUAGUGAGAAACCUUGGCCUUGGCACAGCUUCAGUUGCCUCAAAAAGAGAAGACUGUAGGCAGACAUCAUCACUGAAUCCAGGAGAGGGAGCAGUGCCUACGGAGGAAGAUGCCGGCAUCUAUGGCUACAACUGAGAACUUGGAAAUCAAGUGAGUCCCAAGCACAUCACAAUUGCCAAGGCAAGGAAACCAGCAAACAAACAACUGAUAAAAUAAAUAUGACACAAAAGAC